ACCAUAAGGCUACUGUGUUGCUGUUAUGCGCACGUGAUGUCGCGGGUGUGGCAAAGUUACGUAUAGGGCAAAGUUUGCAAAAAUGAAUGGCCACAUAAUGACAUUCUUGUGUUUGUUUCAUAGUUGGUCUUAAGAGUUUUGGUCAAAUGAAAGCUAGUGUUGGACCGCUAGAACCAUUUACUGAACGCACACGCCCUGAGGAUAACAGCAUUGUCAUCGUGGUGAAUACUGGGAACACUGGGUGUGAAGUGGGAACACACUGUGCAGUCCAACGAAGGACGCCAUGUGCAUAUACAUUCAAACCAGGGGCGAUUUACAGUAUGCUUAGGGACAACACACGCACAGAGGCAGUAACCCGAGCUCAGGAACCCGGGACUCCCACGGUGCCACCUCGGACCCAAAUCAUACAAGCAAAAUGUCCUCCACAGCCACCUGUCUGCAAAUAUGAUUAAUUUAGUCUGUGUGAAUUACAUUGGAAGACAUUUUCUUGGAUCUGAUUUGCAGUAGAAGUUGGGGUGGCAAUUGUGAUGUCAAGGCUUACCUAAGAUUCACAGCUGCCACUCUGUAUCACCUAUCUACGUUUUCUUAUGUUUCUGCACUAAAACUACUUUAUCACCCACUUUAAACACAGCCUCAGAUUAGAGCAGAGAUAUUGGGGAUUUGCACACCUAUAAAAGUCAUUAGAGAAAACUGUGCGCGUUGCUCCAGUGAAUAAAUGAGUUAGACUGCACUCGGAUUUGGCUGUUUGCCUGCAGUUGUUAAGUUUUAGUUAGCCUCCUGGAACUGCGGGACCUGGACUAUGUCCCCUCCUUCUGUUUGUCGCUGCUGUAUUUCUGCCUAGUCUCCCUUGUUAAGUGGAUUUGGACAGAGCCCCUAUUGUUCCCAGCCCACCCCUGCCUAAUAUGGCAUUCUCGAGGAAAGCCCCAGUUUCCUGAAACGAGCGACGAGAAGCCGGCGAAUGGCGAAGGCAGCUCUGAGAGUCAGAGACAAAAUGUGAAAAUCAAGACGCUUUGGCGAAAGCGUUUCAGUGUCGGACACGGAGACUGGACAAUGACGGGAUGAAAGCUGGAGGACUGUUUGUGAAUUCACGCGAAUCCGCGGCUAAAGGCUCCGGUUUGUUUUGGAAGCGCGGGGGACAACAGUGCGGCUCACCGACCUGACGGAUUAGCGCGAGGCGUGAGUAGUCAUCCUGAGGGUUUGGACUGGUUUAAAUAAGGCCCUUAGCGUCUUGUUACAAACCGCAAAAGGACAGGGAUUAAAGUAUUCCGUGUGUUAUAAGGGAAUAGAGGAGGAGAACGACAGCAUUAGACUAUCAUGCCUGGCCGUAGCUCCAGAAGUAAGCAGCGUGCAGGGGCUGAGCACGGAGCCGAGAGCGCAGAGCCCUUCACUACUUCUGUUAAAAAGAUGCUGAAAUGUGUGGUGGUCGGAGACGGAGCGGUUGGCAAAACCUGCUUACUCAUGAGUUACGCCAAUGACGCUUUCCCUGAGGAAUAUAUACCGACUGUGUUCGACCACUACGCAGUAAAUAUUACAGUGUCUGGACGACAGCACUUGUUGGGGUUGUUCGACACAGCUGGUCAGGAAGACUACAACCAGCUGCGGCCCCUUUCCUACCCCAACACUGACGUGUUCCUCAUCUGCUUCUCUGUGGUGAACCCGGCCUCCUAUUACAACGUGCAGGAGGAGUGGGUUCCUGAGCUCAAGUCCUGCAUGCCUCAUGUGCCAUACAUCCUCAUUGGCACACAGAUUGACUUGCGAGACGAUCCAAAGACACUGGCCCGUUUGCUCCAAAUGAAGGAGAAACCACUGACAUACGAGCAAGGCCUCAAGCUGGCCAGAGAGAUCGGUGCACAGUGCUACCUCGAGUGUUCCGCACUGACCCAGAAGGGACUUAAGACGGUGUUUGACGAGGCCAUCCUGACAAUCUUCAGCCCCAAGAAAAAGAAGAGGUGCUGUAUAUCAUGCAGGAGCUGCUGUACUAUUGCAUGAUCGCAGCACCUUUAGGCAUAUCGCCUAGUGAACAUCAGCAAACAUCAUGGAAUCGGUCUAUUUAAAGCAGGAAUAAGACAUGACACGAGUUCCUUCAGUACCUGAAGGGGGGGAUGAGACACAUCUGGGCAUCUUCAGCACCUCCAGCUCAAUGUGUAUUCUGCAUCACCACUACUGUCAUUCAAAUGAGAACAAUCACAUUUCAGUUCCUUAAUUUUCUAUCUAAUAAUUAUUAUUAAAUAUUAAUUAUUUUCUGCCCUCCAGGUUCAAGGCUUUUCAGCUGUUUUCUGUAAAGUACAUUGACUUGCACAGACACUGACAGUAAAAAGAACAAGUCAUGCUUCACUGAAUUGAAGUGGAUCAAAAUGAACGCAAUGUGUAUAUCUGCUCUGCUUACAUUUAACUCCUAAGAUGCAGACUUUGAUAAUGGAGUUUCCCUUCGGGAUUUGGAAACUCGAAAACUCUCUAUAUAGAUGACUAGAUUGCGGUUUCUUUAAGCUCAAUACAAGUGCCUCAGUCAACCUCCAGUCAUUCUGUUCGUGUUCAUGCCAAAGACAGAUUGUUUCCUCAUCUUAAGCUUUAGACGGGGAUACAGGUAUCUGAAUUGCCACAGGGUGACUUCCUCAAUUACCAGUCUACAAUAACAUUCUGUUUUCCAGCAAUGGUUUAUUUUAAGUUUCAUAUAUUAUAGGCUUUUCAAAGGCUCCUGAAACAAAUCCAUUCCUCCAUAAAGGGUGAUUUUUUUUUUUUUUUUUUUGCUCUUGCCUAAGAUCAAUAACAUGCUCUUUUCUGCAGCCUUAGCCUGAGAUAGUUAAUAAGGGAAAUUCUCGGGAGGCUGGCCAAAUCAUCAAUAAGGAGCGCAGAAAGGAAAUGGUAGAAAUGGAGAGAAACAACACGAUUUAGAACAACAAUUAAACCCAGUAGAUUGCUCUAUUUCCUAAAACAUUAAUGUGCAGGUUAAAUGUAUCUCUCUCUAGAAAGUAGGAUUUCAGUAGCAGAAGUGCUACCGUCUACAGCAACAUCUACAGUUUAACCAGAGCUAGGAUUUCUAGCUAUUGCAGUGCAAGAGCCACAUGAAUAUUACUCUUCCUCCUCCAGUUCCCCCCCAUGGAGGACACUUUGCCUUCCCAAUCAGACAGCAUGGCCAAUUUUUUUGUUCUCUUGGCUCCUGGCUACAGAUGGUUGAGACAUCAUCAGGAUUUGAACUCACCUCUUGACCUGUGAAUUCAUGAGCUUUGGUCAAGAAAACAGGACUGGGGUAUCUGAUUGGUUAAAAAAAGAUAGGAUGCUUAUAAUUAAGUAGUGGACACCCAAAUUUUUUGCCUUGCUGUUUUCUUGGCACACAUCUUUAAGGAAAUUAGCUGUCUCAUCCACCCACAGGGCUUUUUUGAUAAAAUUCAAUUGCUUCUCUCUGCCGGUUUGGAUUUUCUUCUUGCAACAGUGGUGCUAUGAAAAUCCCCAGGGCAUGAAGCUGAUGCUUUUAGUGCCUGCAUUUUACAAUUGUACUUGUCAACACAACAAAGAACUAAGAUUUUACCAAAAGUCCAGCCUCAGUUGUAAUCUCCAACAGCAAUCAUACACGGUUUUACUGCUCCCAUUCUGCCAAAUCCACCUCCUCAUUUAAGGCGAUUUAAGAAAACCGUAAACACAUAAAGCUUUGUUUUUAUCCCUCAUCUUUUUCCAAAGAUCUUUUAGGGGCAGCCAGGGGUCUAAAUCAUGUUGAAUCCCUGAUCUCCUUUCCAGCAAAAGUUUGUAAGUUUGUUCCAUCUUAAUAAAUUAUGAUCAUGACCAUGACCAUAAAAAAUGGAACAGUGCAGAAGUUCAGACACACAUAUUCAUAUUCAUGUAUAGCUUUCCAGUAUCUGAAAUGACACCACACACACACACACACACACACCUGGUCUCAUUGCUGUUUAAAUGCACUCCUGCAUUGGCACUAAAUUCAUUUGCCUUGGUGUACACUGAUUGCCGUUAAGUGGCACCUCAGGGACGACUUCCGGAGCGAGCCACCUCCUGAAUGAGCCUGAAUCCACGUGCCUUCCAUGUAGCACAGAAUUAAGUUUCUUUUCUUUUUUCCUUUUUUUUAUGACACUGUGCCUUACAUCCUUCUAUGCAACUAAUUGUAUACUGUAAUCAUACACAGAAGACCAGCAUUAGCCCUGGCCACAUUAACUAUAACUUGAACUGUGUAUGUGUAUCCUUUUUGUUUUCUUUUUUUUAUUUAGAAUGUGUCGAGAUUUUUCUUUAUAUGUAUUAGUUACAUUAUCAUACAUUAAGACGACAAUUUUAGUUACUACAUCCGUAUACCUAAUAAAUCGACAACUUGGUGUAUGACUGCUUUUCUUCAAGAAGAAAAAAAAAAAAAGAUAUAUAUUUAUAGCUUGUACAUAUCAGGUGUGAUUAAAAGGUGAGAACAAAUGGAAUGGUUUACCUUUUUCUAACAUGCCAUUUACAAAAUUAUUCAGCAGACACUUUUGUACAUCAUCCAUAAGACACUAAGACUGGUCAUCAUGCACAAUAGUUGACCACUGUUAUGAUAUUGACAGAGCUGUGCUGUACCAACGAGCUGUAAAUGUUCAUUUUGGGUUCUGUCAUCGAGGUGCCAUUUAGCUCAUCUAAUAAAGCAAAAUAAAUCAUGCAAAUGUGUGUUAAAACAUCUCUGGCAAGAAUAUCACAUUUUUCUGUUGUGGUUUCUUUACUAACAGUGGCUACAUUUAAUGUAUAAUAUUUGUGUUUAAAUGAAUAAUUUGAUGUAUAUAUUUUUCUAGCAUAGAAUUCAAAUGCAAUAAAUAAAUAAAUGAAUAAAUAAAUAAUACACACACACACCAGGAACAGCAUUGUACUGUACUUUCACAGUGACCUCAAUAUCACAAUGUAAUUAAACAUAAAUGGGGAGCACUUACUUUC